AUGGGGCGAAGUGACUCUGCCAAGACUGGGUUCAGACAACUUGAAAGCAUGGCUUAUUCCAUUAUCCAUCCUGAUGAUUGGAUGCAUCAUAUUAAUAAACGAGAUGCACAAGUAAACACACCAAUAUUAGUACCAGUUAAUAGUAAUUUAACUGGAACCGAGCAGUUAAAAUGUAACGGCGAUGCAAGAUUAUGCAACCUAAGAUACGAUCAAGUGACUUAUGCUGGAACGCAUAAUAGUGCCUCGUAUGAUUUACGAUUUGAUUGUAAUCAAACCAUCAGGAAUUGUUUGGAUUCGGCAAGUAUGUGCAGCAAACAGUUUGCACAAUGUGUAGCAACAUAUGGCAUGCAAUGUGAUGCACAUACCAAUACUUGCAAGCAAUGGAAUCCAGCAUGGUUACAUUGGUUAUGUAAUGGAUUUGAUAAAGCGUGUAAAUCUUCCAAUGGUUUAUGUGCGGCAUGGAAUGCCAUUUGUACUGAGAGUGGUAAAGUAUGCAACGUUUGGGGUGAUGCUUGUGAAACUCACGUGCCCGAUUGGGCCAUCACUUGCUUUUGGGAAAAUAAUCCUGGUUAUCCUGUUUCAAGACAACUUAGUGAUGGGAUAAGAUUGUUUGAUUUUGAUACGUGUCUUGUGAAUAAUGAACGUGCCGUUCUUUGUCAUGGGAGCGAUUUAACAAGGGCCUUAGGAUCCGAAUUGGAUCCUAUAUUUCAAACAAUUCUAAAUUUCAUGAACGAAAAUCCUAAUGAAGUAAUCUCGAUAGAAUUUGGUGAUACGGAUGGGGAUCCCGCAAAGCUUGGUGUGUACAUUCAAUCCAAGUUGUCGCAAUAUUUUAUCAACGAAACGGGACAUUCGAUGAUGUAUUCAAAGACGGACCCUGAGAGUCCAUGGCCCACGUUACGUGAGAUGAUAAUGAAUAAUACUCGAAUAGUAGUUUACUUUGGUAGAUUGUAUUUUAAUUUACAAGAGAGGCAACCUUGGAUACAAAAUACUGGUUCCUGGUUUACUGAUUCAUAUACUUACACUUCUAAUGACAUGACCGCCCAACAGCUCGAGAAGAGCUUUUCCGAUUGGUGUACUGCUUCUGAUGUUGUUAUCUUACAAGAACAACAAAGUUUUGGAAAAGCCAAAUGGCAAACAAUUGAUGGAACUAUAGCAUUAAUAUUAUCCGAGAUAAAGGAUGAUUUGAAAAAUGGGAAGCAUUCAGGUCGUUUAUGUUUGGAUGAAUUAGCAUUAUCAGUAAACUUUAAUGUACUGGAAUAUAUCGCAACAUUAUGUUAUCCUAGAUUUCCUUACUUUUUUAGAGAUGAAUGA